AUGGCACUGUUUGCCCUUGAUUUGCCCACUGAAAAUUUUUUUUUUGGUUUGACCAAACCAUAUGGUACUGGUCGAACCAAAAAGUUUUUUCGGUGGGCAAAUCAAGGGCAAACUGCGCCAUUUAAGGGAAAUUUCUAUAGCAAGCAAAGUGAGUUGCAAAAUCGAGUUCAAUAUGAUGCAAGAGGAGUCAAAACAAUUUCAUUGGGAAAGUAA